CUGGCAUCAAUCAACAUCACAAGUAUCUUUGGGAUUUCAAAGUGGCUAUUUGACUGGUUAUUAAAAGGACCUAUGAGCUCUCUUGUGCAUAGACGCCUCCGGACAGUCACCACUAAUAGAGGAUGAGCUCAUCUGGCACGGUAUCGAAAAAGGGCAAGAGACACGGUAAAAAGUCCAAAUCCCAUCGAUACGACACCAUGACGUCAUCACAUAAACUCCAGGAGAAGCAGCUGAUGGAAUCUGUCAAUGCAAGCAGCGAAAAGAAUGAGGAGGAGACCGGUAGGGCGUCCAAAUGGUUUCUGACAGGAUUGUUUGGUCUAGCGAACUUUGGAAUGGGAGCCUCAACAGUAGCAAUCGGCAUGAUCCUGCUAGACCUCCAGCUACUGACGGACACAACCUCUUCAGACACAGCCUGGGCCUUCACCGCCAAAGCUAUCGGUCUACUCCUCGGCAUCGCCAUCACCGGCUUCAGUCAGUCAUGUCUUCACAUCCACAUCCUGGGCAUGUCGUGGCUCUUUGCGGGGUCACUCGUUGCCUUGCCUUUCUGUAGAGGCCUAAUCAGCCUGGUCGGUGUCUUCAUUCCAAUCGGGAUAUCAUAUGUCUCGAUUUAUUCAGUUGGAACAAUCUGCAUGGCAGCCCUGUGGAAACAGAAGAAGUCCUCCUCUCUGUAUUUCAUCACGGCGUGUGGGUACAUCGGUUACGUCAUCAGCCCUGCACUGUCCUAUCCAUUCACCACGGACUACUACCGCAACUGGACGGAAGUCAGCACAAAUGUCACUGUCAACAAGACGGCAAAGGGUAACUGGUUUGAAACCUUGGCUCUGUCGAACACAACAAUGUCUGAAACCAUCAUCUCUGAAAUCCAGUGGAAAAUGUUUACAUUGUUGGCUAUUGUUGGCGGCGUAGUUGCGGCAAGCGGGACCUUUAUUUUCUUCAGCGCUUGUUGUUUCUGUCGAGAUAUCUUCCAGGUGCCCUCGGCUGUGGAUGAUGAUAGUGUCGAAGAAGAGGCCAAGACGCGCCAUUCAACUGGAGUCGUCUGCUUCUUCAUCCUCGUUGGCGGAUGCGUACAGCUAAUUGGCGAUGGCCAGAAACUUGGCCUGGCGGAGAGUUACCUCAAGACCUUCCUCUCUCGUCAUUUGGAGCUAACGAAAGUCAGUGGGGUCAUUGCUGUGACAAUAUUUACAGGUUCCCACGUCGCCUGGGCAGCAUUCGGCAAAUAUAUUCAAAGGAAUUCCGGAUCGUCUGUCCUGUUUUUCAUCAUGGUAGUGUUCAAUAUCGCCGGUGCCUCGGUGUUGAUGAUCAGCGACCAGAGUUUUGUGCUGUUUUGUGUCGGUUGCGCUCUGAUCGGAGUUGGGCUGUCGGCGAAGUCCGCCUGUCUUGUCAUCUGGGUCAAAGCCGUGAUAGGGGAUGAAGUUUUCAUCAUCUAUACAUCCUAUCUCUCCUGGGCGGUAGGAGACAUCGCGUUUGCUAACCUGAUCGGACACCUCAUUGACGACAAACCGUUCACUUUUGUCUACGUUAUAUUUGGUGGCAGUGUCGCCAUGCUUCUUGCCUUCGUUGUCGGUCACAUUGGCUUCAUUGCAGUGUUCAAAACAAAGGGGCAACCACUUGCCACCACUCUGCGCCCUCUAUUUAUUAAAGAAAGAACAGGAUGAAGUAUAGAUGGCUCCAGGUGGCUUGCUUGUCUUCAAAUGGCGUAAAGGAGGACCUUACUCGAUGGAAGCAAUGGCAUUGUUUAAUGAUCUAAUCUUGCUGUUAUCGUCAGUUGUACUGUUAUACAUGCGAAUACUUAUGCAAAAGAGUUAGUGUUGCGUGCGAAUACUUAUGCAAAAGAGUUAGUGUUGCGUUCGUGGCAUUAGUUAGGCCUAGUAAUUAAUAUUGGUUAAUCCCCCUGCCGCCUGUGCGCCUUUUUGAUGACGUGCACUUGCGUGGAACGGUAUUUAAUAGAACGCCGAACAAAGUCGUUCCUGGCGGACUGCAUAAUUAGGCCUAUCGUAAUUAUCAUUCAUUGGCCUCGAAUACUAAUAGAUCAGUUUGCUAUUGUUUCAGCUAAAUCUGACAUGAAUUUUAACAAAAU